AUUUGCAAUAUGCUUCUAAAACUCUUAUACCUGGUGCAACUCUCUUGCUUCACCCUAGCAUUCUCAUCAUCUGUUCCUCAAUUCUUCAAAGCUAAACCUGGUUGCGAAUCUAAAUGUGGAAAUAUUUCCAUUCCUUACCCGUUUGGGAUAGUCAGUUCGAAUGAGAAUGAUUGCGCGAUUGGUGGAACAGGGUUCCUAUACGGGAUUUCUUGCAAUAAUUCAUUCGAUCCUCCUAAGGCUUUCCAUGGUGUAGGAGGCAAUGUUGAGAUUAUUGAUAUUUCAGAGAAUGAAAUCCGUGUGAAAGGUAGUGUGCCAGUUUCCCUGUGUUACGAUGAAUCUUCUGUCGAGCUAAAACUUGGUAAGACAGGGCUAUAUACAUCAAUGAACUUUAGAGGGACACCAUUCACAUUAUCGACCAAAAACAUGUUCUUCGGACUCGGGUGUUCCACGUACGCAUCUAUAGAUGGGGACUUCAAGGAUUACUCAAGCGCAUGUUCAUCAAGUUGUGAGAGUAAGCAAAGCGUCGAAAAUGAAACUUGCUUUGGCAAAGGGUGCUGCGAGAUUACCAUCCCAAAGGGGAUAACAAUGUUUAACAUGUCAGUCUACUUCGGUGUAUCGCAAAAUGUGUCCGUGACCUCGUCUUUUGACCCUUGUAGUUAUGCUUUCGUAGCCGAGCAAGAUCAGUACACAUUCAGUGCGUCGGAUAUUUUGGAUGGGAAAAUUUUUAUCACUAAAGCAAGAAAUUUACCCAUUGUACUUGAUUGGGCCUUAGGAAAUAAGACUUGCGAAGAAGCUCAGAAGGAUGUGGAAGGCUAUGCAUGCCACGAGAAUAGUUAUUGCAUCAAUUCUGACAACAAUCCUGGAUAUCGUUGCACUUGCCAUGAUGGAUACGAGGGAAACCCUUAUCUCAGCCCCGGAUGCCAAGACAUUAACGAGUGUGAGGAUCAAAACAAAAAUCUUUGCGUGGAGAUUUGUACAAACACCGUAGGAAGUUACAAAUGUUCUUGUCCGAAAGGGAGUCAUGGUGAUGGCAGGAGAGGUGGGAGUGGUUGCUUUCACAAUAAUCAGGCAUCUCCAGUGUUUAAAAUCUCUCUUGGCAUCGGUUUAGGCAUUUUUUUCUUGAUUAUUGGUAGUUCUUGGUUAUACUUCAGUAUGAGGAAGAGAAACCAAAUCCUGCUAAAGUCGAGAUUUUUUCAAAGGAAUGGAGGGUUACUCUUAAAGCAACAAAUAUGCUCACAGGAAAGCAGCGGAGAGUCUUCAGCAAAGAUCUUCACAGCAGAAGAGCUAAAACUAGCAACCAAUAAUUAUGAUGACAAAUUGAUACUUGGGCGUGGAGGUCAUGGGGUCGUUUACAAAGGAACUUUAUCUGAUAGUCGUGUCGUGGCAAUUAAGAAAUCAAAAAUUAUUGAUGAGGCUCAAAUUGAAGAAUUCAUCAACGAGCUUGUUAUUUUAACUCAAGUUAAUCAUCGUAACGUUGUGAAGAUUUUGGGAUGUUGUUUAGAGACUGAAGUUCCUUUACUUGUCUAUCAAUAUGUUUCCAAUGGCACCCUUUCUCAACAUAUCCAUAAAACUGAGGAUGCUAUCACAUCUUCUAUAUCUUGGGAAAGCCGCUUGAGGAUUGCAGCUGAAACUGCCAGUGCAAUUGCGUACUUGCACUCUGCAGCUUCCAUACCCGUUAUUCAUAGGGACAUCAAAUCAGCAAAUGUAUUAUUAGAUGAAAACUACACUGCAAAAGUGGCAGAUUUUGGAGCAUCAAGGUUGAAUCCACAUGAUCAGAAUGAAAUAGACACAUUAGUACAAGGCACCUUAGGAUAUUUGGAUCCGGAAUACCAUCAAUCUGGACAGUUAACAGAUAAAAGCGAUGUUUAUAGUUUUGGUGUAGUUCUUGUAGAGCUUUUAACAGGAGAAAAACCCAUAUCAUUUUUGAGAUCUGAAGAGCAAAGAAACAUUGUAUCGUAUUUUAUUUCGUCUGUAAAAGGUAACAAUAUGCUCCAUGUUCUUGAGACUCGAGUAGUAACUGAAGGGAAUCCGGAGCAAGUACUUGCAGUUGCAACGCUUGCAAAGAAAUGCCUUAGUCCAAAGGGUGGAGACAGGCCUACAAUGAAGCAAGUCGCCAUGGAGCUAGAAAGUUUGAGAAAAAUGGAAUCGUCAUCAACACAUCCAUUAACACCGGAUCUUCUUCGUAAACACCAUGAGGAGCGCACAUAUUCACCAUCUGAGACAACAGACCUGUAUACUGUACCGAUGAACACUUACGCGAUCAAUGAUUCUGACCAGUAUAGUGUGGAGACAAAUAUGAAAAUGUCGUUUAACCCACGCUGAUUGUACCACUCAGCUUUUAUUGGUUGUACGAAAAGAAAAGAGUGUCCGCACAAUGAUGUGGUAUCGAGGGUGGUUAUAUUUACAUGCUUGUAUGGUUGUGUGGAAUGAAAAGA